CGAUAUCUCUCAGGUUGCAAGGGCCAUCGAGUGGAAAUGGUACUGGUCGUGUGGAAGUGUUCUUUGCAGGCAAAUGGGGAACAAUUUGUGGUGAUUAUUGGGAUAGAAAUGAUGCCAUAGUUGUAUGUCGUCAACUCGGUUAUCUGAAUGCUGUAAGAGCUCUCUCGGGGUCUGAUGUUCCUGAUGGUUCUGGACAGAUUUGGUUAGACAAUGUAUUUUGUAAGGGAAGUGAACAAAAUUUAACCUCAUGUGCACAUAGGCGAUGGGGAGACCAUAAUUGCUGGCACCAUCAGGAUGCUGGGAUUGAAUGUUCUUCAACAGGUAAAUUUACUGUAAGAUUAGUAUAUAUUGUUGAUAAUUAUACUGGCGUAUUUACCCCGGCAAUACCCCGAAUUGCCACUUCAUGACGUACGCCGUAAUUUAUAAUUGCCUAAAAAGUCAACUACAAACUUAAGCCCCUAAUCUCCUUCUCGUGUAGGUAAACGCUGUAGGUCUCUAGAUGAGAAAUAA